AUGCCUGCUAUUGCCAAGCUUCCCCAGCAUCGACUAUGGACUGACAAGGCCGGGGGAACCAAUGCAUACUGGGGCCAAGAGGGAGCAAGGAUGGAGGGAAGAGGGGCACAGUCAACCGGUUGUAUGCUGGUUCCCGAUUGUCUGGCAUGUACCCUGCACUUCGCCCAGAAUGCUUGUCCGUACACUGCUGCUCUUGAGGGUAUGCUCUCUAUAACUAGACCCUCGUCCUAUGAUACAACCAGCAUGGCGAAUUCGAUUGGCACCGCCGAGAACUUGGCAGCUACACUUGCCCACCAGACUGAGAAAACGCUGGAUCAGGAGGCCAUCGAGUUGGAUCCCCACCUCGACAAGAAGCUGGACCGCAAAUUUGAUCUGCACAUCAUCCCCUGGUUGUUUGGAAUCUGGCUCCUUUCCUUCAUCGACCGAAGCAACAUUGGCAAUGCAAAGAUCGACGGCUUGGCCACAGACCUCCAUAUUGAGACAGGCACUGGCUUCAAUAUCGCCCUUCUCGUGUUUUACGUCCCGUAUAUACUGGUCGACGUACCGAGCAACUGGAUCAUCAAGCGUGUGCGAGCGGGCAUCUAUCUCCCCACCUUGAUCACAGCAUGGGGCCUCGUAUGUACCAUGACCGGAUUCGUGACCAGCCUGGGAGGCCUGAUCGCCUGCCGUAUUAUGCUCGGUCUGUGCGAGGGAGGAAUACUUGGCGGUGUCAUUGUCUAUCUGGCUAUGUUUUACCCCCGACACCAGAUGCUCUUCCGUUGUGGCCUUUUCUACUCAGCAGCCCCCCUAUCGGGAGCAUUUGGCGGUCUUCUAGCAUCAGCACUCGGGCGGAUCAAGUAUCAUGGCUAUAACAAAUGGCCCUGGAUUUUCUUUGUGGAGGGUGCCGUCACCGUCGUUUUUGGUCUGGUCUGUUUUCUUUUUAUGCCCAGCACCCCCAUGGAAGCCAAAUUUCUCACCGACGACGAACGAAACCACGCGCUGCGGAGGAUGAGGGUGGAUGCUAGCGGAGCCACAACUCUCGAUGUCGACGAGGAAAAGUUCAACUGGCAUUGGGUCAGAAUGGCCCUCCUGGCACCCCAGACUUACUUCACGGCUUUCAUCUGGUUCUUCCUCCUGGUGCCUCUAUAUAGCUUUUCCCUGUUCCUACCUUCGAUUGUGACGGGGAUGGGCUACAAGUCCACGGUGGCACAGCUGUUCACUGUACCUCCAAACAUGACGGGGUUCAUCUCGGUCAUCGUUGCAUCUUAUUUCUCCGACAGGGUCAGAGUCAGAGGCCCCUUUAUCGUGGCCGGCUGCAUUCUGGGCAUCUGCGGCUACAUCAUGCUGCUGGUUUCUGACAGAAACCCGGUCAAGUAUGCCGGAACUUUCUUCAUUGGGCUGGGCGUCUUUCAGUGCUCGUCAAUGCUCAUGGUGAGUUGA